CAUAACAGUAGCACGUGCUAUUGUGUCAUUUGUCAUUCCUACAACAACCGUAAAUAUAUAUAUAUACAGUAGGCCAGCCACCGAUGUUUAUGGAAUUUGGUGAAUGAAAUUAUGACGAAAUCUGUAAAUUUUAUAGAUUUAUGCUGGUCGGCUUUAUCGAUGGUGUUUAUAGUUUUGUCUGUUUAGGAAAGCAAACAUUGCAUGUUGAUUGUUUUAAUAGGAAAAUGGAUUCAUUGUUGCGGUAUAUUUUAUACUUUUUACUAUUUAUUUAUCAAGUUGAGCGAGCUUAUUGUGAACAAUUUGACUGUUUUUAUGAUAUUUGUGAUACCAUAGUCCAGUACUGCAAUAAACAAGAAAAAAGGUGCAACUAUUGUUCACCACAACAAUGUAGGCUGAUAUUGGAAAAGGAUGUUCAUCACUGUGAAGAAUUUUGUAAAAAUCUUACGGCGACCACUACGUCGACGACGACAGCAGCUGCAACAACAUCACAAAAUACUCCACAAUAUUAUAAUAAUGGUGCACCACAAUGGUGGUAUAUAUUUAUAGGAGUUGUCGUUGUUGCCAUUCUUGUUGUUAGCAUCAUUAAUCUAAUAAUCAAUGUUCGCAAUAAAUACAAGAAAAAUCCAUUUGAUAAGGAAAGACGAGCCGAUGGAAAAGCUGCAGAACUAAAAGUACUUAUAGAAAGUAAAGACUCCGGGUUUGAAAAUCAAAAUGGCCGAGAACAACCAGAGAUUAUAGAACUAAAAGAUCUGUCUCCAAAUGUAGCAGCACCCAAUGGCGUACAACCAAAUGGUGUACAAUCGAAUUGCGUACAAGCGAAUGGCGUACAAUCGAAUGGUGUACAAUCGAAUGGUGUACAAGCAAAUGGCGUACAACAACCGAUUGGCGUACAAAGUCCACAUCAUGAUCAUUAUGACCAUGAUCAAUCCAAGAUGUUAGCAGGGCAUGACAAUACCUCUGUUUUUGUAAAUCCACCUCAACAAAUCAAUCGAAUUCAGCAACCAUACACAUACCCCGGUGAAGAUAAAAGUCGUCACGAAAGAAUGGAUCCAAAUGGAUUAUCUUUGCACAAUCAUGGAAGAAAAUUGGGAUAUGUACCAGUUCCCCAAACAUCUGAACGUGACCAAACAAAUCUGAAAUAUUGUUAAGAGUGUUCAGAUUAUUAUAAAAGGAACAAUCAUGGGUGCAGUACGAUGUUUUGCUCUGUUUUUUACCAUGCUAAUUAUGUCAAUAAAAAUAUUUUUACAAGUAAACAGGGGUACAACAGUAUCCCACUUAAAAACUCAUCUGUUUAAAAUUCAUUACAAAAAUUAACAAAGACCUCAUUUUUUGACAUCGUCGUCAAUCUUCAAAGAUCAAAUCACACCUUUUUAAAAUUUAUUACAAAUAUAAAGAUUUAAAAAUUUAAGCCAAUGAGCUUGUAAUUUAUUAUUAUUAUUAUAGAAUAUUGUAUGCUCUAUGAGCACAUACUUAAUGGAUUUGGUAUUAUUUUUUUAUUAUCAUGAUUAUUUUGUGAAACUGCUGUUAUGUUAUGUUAGCGUGUUAUAUGGACCGCUGUUAUGUUAGUAUGUUAUAUGGACAACUGUUAUGUUUGUGUGUUGUAUGGACAGCUGUUAUGUUAGUAUGUUAUAGGGACUGCUGUUAUGUUAGUAUGUUAUAGGGACUGCUAUGUUAAUAUGGUAUAUGGAUAACUGCUAUGUGGAUAACUGCUAUGUUAGUGAGUUAUAUGAAUUCUCUUUGUUUCUUUCGGAUCCAUUCACUUAAUCUGAUAUGUACGUUUGUUUGUGAUUUCUGCGUAUUGGGUCUUGUCGGUAGAUUUGUUUUGUGUAAUUAUGUGUGGUGCAGCCCCCUUGCACUUUCUAUUACAAGAUAUACAUGCAAUUAGCCAUCAACUAAAAAAUGAGUCUAAGUCUUGUCAAGGUAAAUAUGAUAUUAAAGUAAUUAAUAAGUUUUGCAUAGUAAUCAAUAGUAACGGGCCGACGUACUUAUCUGACAACGACUGCUUUGCAAUUCAGACUCACUUCGAGUUUAACAUCUGCAAAGUAAGGACACUCGGAAAAGGAACUCCAUUAUUGUCCAUCGUAACACUCUCCCCCACCAACACCCACCUUUCCAACAGAUCAAUUAAUAAUCGAAAUAAUUUUAUUUAUUUAUUCCAUAAAUAAUGCAUUACCCUUAUAUAUUCUGUCAUGUUCUUAGUGUCAUUAAACCAUCAGUGCAGUUUGUAUGUUCUUGGUGUCAUUAAACCAUCAGUGCAGUUUGUAUGUUCUUGGUGUCAUUAAACCUUCAGUGCAGUUUGUAUGGUGUCAUUAAACCAUCAGUGCAGUUUGUAUGUUCUUGGUGUCAUUAAACCAUCAGUGCAGUUUGUAUGUUCUUGGUGUCAUUAAACCAUCAGUGCAGUUUGUAUGUUCUUGGUGUCAUUAAACCUUCAGUGCAGUUUGUAUGUUCUUGGUGUCAUUAAACCUUCAGUGCAGUUUGUAUGGUGUCAUUAAACCAUCAGUGCAGUUUGUAUGUUUUUGGUGUCAUUAAACCAUCAGUGCAGUUUGUAUGUUCUUGGUGUCAUUAAACCAUCAGUGCAGUUUGUAUGUUCUUGGUGUCAUUAAACCUUCAGUGCAGUUUGUAUGUUUUUGGUGCCAUUAAACCAUCAGUGCAGUUUGUAUGGUGUCAUUAAACCAUCAGUGCAGUUUGUAUGUUCUUGGUGUCAUUAAACCUUCAGUGCAGUUUGUAUGUUCUUGGUGUCAUUAAACCUUCAGUGCUGUUUGUAUGUUCUUUUUAUUUAAACAAUAUUUUAUUCAUUUAAAUUUAGGAAACAUUAUAUAAUAAACACAGGAUAGGAGAACUUAAGCAUUAUCAGCUUAUAUAAAUCGUAUGUUCUCAUGUGUAUACAAUAAAUUCAUGCUCAACAAGGCCAUCCAAAAAAAACAUCAUGGUUCCAGACGAUCCUUUGAAAAAAUCUGAUGCUGGAGGGAGGUGGGGUUUAACUUUUACUUAGCAGUGGGAGGACCUGGAGAAUAUUUGACUCAUGGCAGACCUAUGAUACAAGGUGCACACGGCUAACCACCCAAAUAUGUUUAAAUGAAAUGAAAUGAAAUGGGGUUUAACGUCCUACUGUUCUGCUCCUAACCUGGGCUAAUGAAGACGGGCAUACGCCAUACAGUGUGCUAUGAGGGAAAUUUUGCCCGGACAGCAAAUAUGUUUAAAGUUUAAACAUAUUUACGGUAGUUGGCAGUAUCACAAUAUUUUGUAUUUCUGAUACUUUUGUAAAUUAUAAAUUUAAGAUCACAUUAUAUUCGAUAAAAUCAUAUUUAUAUGUUUAAGUGGAUUUCACAAAAUCAUGUAUUUCGAAUAUUUUUAUAUAUCAAUAAUAAAUUUAAGAUAAUUAUUUUUGUCGGAAAAAAAUUCCUUAAAUUUUAUUUGAUAUACUCCGUUUAUAUGUAAAUAGUGUAUAUAAUAGUGAUAUAUUAUUAUUUAAAUCUAGUGUAUUUUAAAGCUGCAAUUUCAUAUUUUUAAGUUAUAUUUUUAAAAUUUAUUAAAAUAAAGCCUUAAAAUAGAUGGUA